AAGACAUCUGAUCGAAUUUUGUUGCCCCUUUCAUUUGCCAAGUCGAUGAUCGUGAAUCUCUAGCAAGGAUUCGUGUCCGUGUCCUGGUGAGAUCGAACUUUCUCUAGUUUCGUGCAGAAGAUUACUUCUUUAAGUAUCGGGUUAAAGCGAAGAAGAAAGACUAAACUUUGAUAUUUGGAGUUCCAUCAAUGGCUUCGCUUCUGGCUCGCAGGUCGUUUAAUGCUCUCCGUGCCAGACAUCUCGUUUUUUCAGGGCAAGCUUUACAGGAAUCUCAUCUUUGUGGCCUACAGUCUCGUGCUAUAUCCUAUGGAUCCAAAAAAGAUGAUGAAGAAGCUGAGCAACUAGCUAAGGAGAUCUCCAAGGACUGGAGUACUGUCUUUGAACGGAGCAUCAACACCCUAUUUCUCACUGAAAUGGUCCGCGGUUUGUCGCUGACCCUCAAGUACUUCUUUGAUCCAAAAGUUACAAUCAAUUAUCCUUUUGAGAAGGGUCCUUUGAGCCCUCGCUUUCGUGGUGAACACGCUCUUCGAAGGUAUCCAACUGGGGAAGAACGCUGCAUUGCCUGCAAACUCUGUGAAGCUGUAUGUCCAGCUCAAGCAAUCACAAUAGAAGCAGAAGAGCGGGAAGAUGGAAGCCGCAGAACCACUAGGUAUGAUAUCGACAUGACAAAGUGCAUCUACUGUGGUUUCUGCCAAGAAGCUUGCCCUGUUGAUGCAAUCGUCGAAGGACCCAACUUUGAGUUUGCAACCGAAACUCAUGAGGAACUUCUGUAUGACAAAGAGAAGCUUCUUGAGAAUGGAGAUCGGUGGGAGACAGAGAUUGCAGAGAAUCUGAGGUCGGAGAGCCUCUAUCGCUGAGUAUUUUAUAUCGGGAAGGUCUGUUGCCUAAUAAUUUAUUCAAAUGUUUUCGUUUGAGUAAAGAUGCUUCAGCUUUUACACCAUUACUGUAUUGCUUGUAAGUUCAUAUUGAUGGUAAAACCGGUUUUGGUUUUGUU